AUGUUGAGACGAUACAAUUCAACGAAUUUGGAUACUUUUGUGCUGAAAAACAAGAAAACUACGAUUGGAAGCUCGCCGAAUUGUGAUAUUAUUGUCAAGGUAUUUUUUGAAGAUGAAAAUAAUUAAUUACACGUAUGAAUUAAUUAGUUAAUCAUUUACGAAUGUUUAGACAUAUUUAUUUUUUCUAGGGUUUCUGAAAUUCUUGAAAAAAAAGCAUCAAACAUUGAAAACAAAAUAUAUUUUUAGGGUCGAGGAAUAUCCGAAUUUCAUGCCUCAAUCGAAUCAAAUUCCACCGGUUUUUGGCUCAAAGAACAUUCUUUGUCUGGAAUCACACGUGUCAAUGAUCUACAAGUUGUUGGACAAAUUGAAUUACAAAGUGGAGAUUUAAUACAAAUCGGACCGAUUAAUAAUCCAUUUGUGUUUGAAAAUCAAUGGAUGAUUGGAACAAGACCAAACUCUUCGAAACCAAAUGAAAAUAAUAAUAUGAAUAUUUUACCAUCAAUUACUGCUAAAAGAAUAACACCGAUUUCGAAACGAAAAAGAUCGGUUGAAAAUUCUUUGAGAUCUUCAGCUUCAUCUACUGAAUCUUCAGUUCCUAGAGCAAAUUCGAGAGAAUCGGUGAGAUGAUAAGGUAAUAGGGAAACAUUUUGGAAAAGGAGAUCUGAAAAAUAAACUUGAAAAGUUUACACAAUUAAAAAUAUUAAUUCCUCUCUUCCAGAUUCGUCAAUUAUCAAUCAGUCAAAUUCCGUCUGCAACCUUCUACCAAACUUCAGUUCCUCCAAUUCAAACCCCUUCCUCAUUUUCCUACUCAAAUCAAUAUUUUCCACUUCGCCCGCGUCUCGAAUCCAUAAAAUCCUCAACAAUUCAACCGAUUCAACCGAAUUUCGAACUUUGUGCAUAUCGCGGAUUCCUUUCUGCAAUUUCAGCUCAACUUCGAAGUUUCAAUGAUCGAGUUCUCAAAAAUCCACAACGAGAAUACGCAGAAGUAUUUACAGCAAUGUGUCGAGCUUGCGAUGUUCCACUUCAAACUCGAAUUAUGGAAAUCGAAAAACAUUGUGAAAUUGUUUUGAUUGAUUCAGAUUUUGAAGAAAAUGAAGAAUUGAUCACGAAAUUAGAUCAUUUUAUUCGAGAAAGUCGACGGGAAAAGAUUUUGGAAUUGACUCAAGAAUUGGAAAAUAUAAUACCUGUUGUUAGAGAUGCAGCAUCAAAUGCCAGAGAAAAUAUUAAAGUUUGUAAUGUUUUUACACAAUGGAGUAGACAAUUUGGAGAUAUUAUUCGAACUUCGACUGGUUUGACAUCCGAAAUUUUAUUUCAAGCAAUUGAUGAUCUAAAAAGGCAGUUUUCAGAGGCUCAUGUAAGUUAUUUUGUUGAUAAAAAAUAAUCUGGAUGUCAUAUUUAAAUUGCAGAUGAGUCGCCAUUGGUUGCCACCAAGUAUCACACCAAUCCUUCGCCUCGCCGCGUUGGAACUUGAAAAAUCUAAAAAUUUUCAUAUUCAAGAAACUCCCACUGAUACUCAAUCAAAUAUUGCUCAAAUCGAAAGUAUUCAACACGAAAUGUCUUUUCAUAUUAAAAAUCUCGAAACUAGAAUCGAUAAAUCCGAUGCUUCAAAACUCUUAAAUCUUGUAGAAAAUCUUGGAUCAGAUUAUAGAAAAAUGAUGGAAAUGGCCGGAAUUUCACCGAAAAAUUCGAUAAUGUCAUUUGAAGUGACACCAGAAGAUAUUUCAAAUGGCAGAGAAAAUCUGGAGGAACAAACUGCAGGUCCAAUUCAAAAGAUCAUAGAUUAUUCAGAAGAAGUUGAGAUUAUGAAUCAGAAAAUAUGUGGGAUAUUAGGAGGACCAUCGGAGAAACAAUUUGAAGAGUCGAAGAAGAAAGUACAGAUCAGUGAAAAGUUAUUGAAAGAACUUCUAGAGAAUUCGGAAAGACUUUUGAUGAAUGAGAACUCAAAAAAUAUUUCAACAGAGGAAAAAUCAGAGGAAACUGGAAGUCGGCAGAAAAGAUCUCCAAUGAUUCUGGUGAAUGAAGCAUCCGAAGUUCAAAGUGAAGUUGGAGAGGAAGAUUUAAAAAUAAUAGAAGAAGUUGAAUCUACAGUUGAAGAUUCUGAAGUUCCGGAAUCUGUGACUUCUCCAAUUCCUCAAGAAUCUCCAGAAAUUCAACUUGAUAUUCCUGAACCUUCAGAUGUUCCGGAUUCUCCUGAAAUUCGACCAGAAUCGCCUGAACCAAGAACAAAUCGAUCUGAAGUUGAGCCGGAACAGGAGCCAAUUUUGAAGCAGAAAAUAGUCAUGGUGGAGAAAUCUGCUUCAGAAACUCAUGAUCCUGUAAAUGUGGUGCCUGAAGUUCCCGAACCUCAAAGUUCUGAUCCUGAAGUUUCCGAUGAUCAGAAUCUAAAUAAACUGGAAAAUGGGAAUUCUUCCGAAACCCCUUCUGAUAUUAGAGAUAACCCUGAAAGUGGUACUCCGGAAGUUGUUGAGCCUGACACUAAUCCUGAAAAUCCAGAAGUGCCUGAAACUCCUCUAAUUUUCGAUUCUCCAGAUGUUCCAUUGGAAAUUGUGGAAGAAUUCGAACAACAUGAAAAAUUGGAAGAGAGUUCUGAAAAUCGUGUGCUUCGAAAUCUGAAAGGUUAUGAAUCUCAUUGGAAAUCGCAUCAAAACACGGCCAAUGGAAAACCAAAUAUUGUUUAUCAGGUAAUUAAUUUUUGAAUAAUCUCUGCGAAAAUGAAUUUCGCCAAAAUGUUCUGAAAUAUUCAAAUCAAAAUAUUCUUACAGUACCCCACAACACUCUACCGUAAUCACACAUCUCCUUCUUCCACCCAAAAACGUCGAUCAAAAAGUGAAGAGCAAAGAAUCAAAUCAUCUCUAGCUAAUCGACCACCUUUUGUUUUAUAUUAG